AUGGCAGAGCAAAAGAGGUGUCAGCAUGUUUUAAAGCAUUUCAAUCACUUUUUGGAAUUAAAGCCUUUAAGAACAACUGGCGAGCCGCCAAUUGAUGGAAGGCGAAAGCAUACCAAUAGACCUCAUAAGAUGUCUCAACAAACCCGUGAGUUGUUAUUGCGGUCUGUUGGCUCUUUAAAGGGACGUAAAUACAGCUUAAAGGACUAUAACAGAGUAUACCUCCCGGAAAAUAUGAAUGCUAAAAAGCUUCUUGCAUUAUUUUUGACUAAACAGCCCCAUAUUGAGAUGUGUUAUGAAACAUUCAGGCAAAUUUUUGUGUCAGAGUUCAACAUCGCAUUCGGUUAUCCACGAACCGAAACGUGCUGUUGGUGUGAUGAGCAGAAAGCCAAAAUUACUGAGCUGGAUAGGAAAAUUGCCGCUGAAAAAAGUGAUGACAAAAAGGUAAAGUUAGACGAGGAAGGAAGGAAGUUAGAAACUGAGAAGACACUUCAUUUAAAGAGAGCAGAUUGGUUCUAUGAAUUGAAAAGACGUACAAAAACUGAAGCGAUAAAAUCGUCAACUGUAGAGGCUAUCGCUAUAGAUUUUGGAAAAAUCUCCCUACUUCAAAUAUAA